AACACCAGAAGCAGCAGCCAAGGCAGACGUCCCCGGAUCUUAUCACCGAAUUGGUCUGUAUGCUCACGUUGAGCAAAUAUAUACCUGUGUACUGGCCGCCUCCUCCCUCUGGCCAACUAAGCUGCCAACUAUAUGAACACAAGUCCGGACGCAGUCUCCGGUCGUGAGUAGGCCGUGGAGUUCAAUUGGAUGUCGCAUCGUCUCAGUUCUUAUCUCAGCGUAGAGGCAAGAUAAUAAGCCAGAUUCCAUGGGCAUAAAUAGGAAGCCAUACCCAUUAAACGAUUCUCAGUUUGGUAUUAAGUGCAACAAGGUGCAGGUGAUUCUACCCAGGAGUAGCUCCUCCGAUCAUUGGAUAUAAGGGACGUACUCUGCCCCAACUGGAUUUAAGAGAAACUUCUUCGAGAUCACCAUGUGCCUGCCAAAGGGAGUGAGUGGCUCGGCCAUUCAAAGUAUUGCCACGGCAGUAGGCAACAUCUUAUGCUUUAAUUUUGGCCUUAUGUUUGGCAUCACUCCGGCUCACAUGACCCUUUAUGAAUCGGAGACAAGAACUCCUUUAAAUGUGGCAACAGAUCCUGCGGGAACUGCGUGGUUGACAGGAUAUCUUUUCCUUAGUGCCGCCAUCGGAGCAUUGUGCUCUGGAGGUCUGGCUUUAAGAAUUGGACCCAAAUCCGUGCUGCUCUGCUCUGGCCUUCUUCAAAUAACUGGCUGGUUUUGCAUCCACUUCGGCUACGACAUCAUCCAUAUCUAUGCCUCCCGAAUGUUUGCUGGCGUGGCAGCAGGAGCCGCUUUCGUAGUACUUCCCAUUUUUAUCAACGAAAUCGCAGAGAGCCGGGAAAAGGCAGCCCGCCUGACCUUCACCAUCGAAUUGUGGCGUACUAUGGGUAUCCUAGUUGGAUUCAUCUUGGGUUUCUAUGUGAACUACGAUCUCGUUAACAUAGUCGGCUGUGCGGUGUCCUUCGUGUUCUCCAUGAGCUUUCCUUUUAUGCAAGAGAGUCCUCACUACUAUCAGCGGAAAAAUAAUGUGCCCUGUUUGGAGAAGUCCCUUCGCUGGUACCGUGGUAUUCGAGACAUUGAUGACCGGGAGAAGCCGGAAUACCUCAGCGAACUGGCGGAGUUCAAAGCCGACAUGCAAUGCCAGGAGAAAAAUGUUGGAUCCACGCCCAUGAGCCAGGGAUACAUUGUCCGUUUGACUUUUGUAAGCUUCCUGCUGACUGUUUGCGCCAAACUAAGUGGAGUAUUCGUGGAACUCAAUUAUGCUGCGGACUUUCUUGGCAGGACGGGAUAUUCCACGGAAACCAACUACGUUGUUCUGGCAAGUUCCCAAUGCUUAGGUGCACUUCUGGCUCGACUUGUUGGUCCACAUUUACCACGAAAGGUCCUGCUUUGUGUUUCGUCCCUUUGCUCCGCGGCUGCGGUCAUCGCGCUGGCCCUUUUCAAGGUAUACGGCCAAAGUUGGCUGCUGGGUGAAUGGGCGGAUCGGUAUUUGCCCAUUAUCCUAUUGGCCAUCCAACUCGCCUUUGUUAGUUUCGGUCUAUAUCCACUGGCAGCUGUGGUGAGCAGCGAGGUUUUGCCUACAAAGCUCCACGAUUUGCUCUACUCACUAGCCUCCAGCUUUGCCUGGCUCCUGCUUUUCGGAAUGAUUGAGGCAUUCAACGCGAUAAAGGCCACAAUUGCGCCCGGACUGGUUUUGUAUCUGUGGGUUUUCGCCGGAGCCUCCAUAUUUGUGGGAUUGAUUUCGCUGCCACUUUUGCCGGAAACGCGAAAUCGGCGUGCUUCCGCCGUUCAACGGGAACUAGGAUACGUGGACGAUGGAGGAGUUGCCAAGGGCUCUGGGGCAGCCAAUGGCCACAUUGCCACCCACAUAUAGGAGAUUCGAUUAGAUUUACUUUUACCCUAUGAUAUUAGUUUGAUUUAGAUUAAGUAAGAUUAAUAGAAAGUUUGUUAAAAAUAAAGAAAUGUAAUGUUAAUGUAUGAAAU